AUGAAUACGCUCAAGUCCCAACUCAGGUGGCCAGAUCUGGUUCGACGGCGCUUAACUCACUGGCAUCCCACGACGUGUCAGGGUCCAGUCAUUCGUCACCAUUCCUCGACGAUGCGGCUCCGGUCGAGCGCGUUCCUAUGGCUCUGGGCUCUACGAUAUGUAUCGGCACUCGAGGAAUCAGAGGCAGGAGUCAUAGACUGGCACAAGGAGCUUGUCGGAGUCCCUUUGACUGACUCUACGAAAGCAUUGCCGAUGUUUAUUCGGUCAGACCCCAGCUCACCCACAAAGAAAACCGGAAUGGCAGUUGCGACGAAGAGCAACGUGCUUGCCGUGUUAAACCCUGGGAGCACAGGGAAUGUUGUGUGGCGAAGGAAGUUUGACCAAUCUGAGGGUCGGAUACUGCAGUACAAGACUCACCGCGAUGCCCUGGUCUCUAUCUCCGGGCCUGGGGGGUCACACGUCCGAUUAUUUGAAGCAUUUACCGGAAGCCUGCUUUGGGAACGCCAGCUGCACUCGCCGUCGCUGGGGCGCUUACUCGAACCUGCCAAUUUCGGGGUAGACGUUACGUUCUGGCACGAACUGAGCGAUAUCGACGCGUAUGUUCUCACCAAUGGGCACACAGUCAGUCGAUUGGAGGGAAAGUCAGGAAAGACAGUUUGGAGCUGGAACACAGAUGAUAUUAGUACCCUCUUGACACGUGUCGUUCUCUCAUCGACAUCUAUACAUACCGUUGGUCUGACUAAAACCGAUUCUUAUGCCCUGACGAUCACCACACUGGACCGCCAAACUGGCGCUCUGGUUUCCCAGUCCCAAAUACCUUCGCAAAUCACACGUGGAAUGCGAGACGUGUUUGUGCUCAAUACUCGUGAUACAAAAGCGCCUGCUGUGGUGUGGUUCGAGAAGCACGAUGGAACAUUACACUCGGCUGUAUUGGAUUCGAAUAUCUUAUCGCACGAAAUCGCAUCGACCAAGAUCAGGUUUGCCAAGGUGCACGAUGUGCAACUUGACAGUGAAGGGUUGUUUGUUGCCGAGACCAAAGAUGAGCUUCCGUAUGUAUUUGGUAUAUAUUCGACUGGGCUGAAGCAAGAAUGGGAUUUCGAUGAUUCGGCUGUCUCCAAGAGUGAAACUCCAUCGUUGUUUAGCGGGUCACUUGAUCGAGAGGGAAAUGCAUACAUUGCUCGCGUAUUUUGGUCUCUCAGUACCGGCCUUGCCCAUAUUCACACGUACGCUGCUCAUGGAUCUGAAGGAAAAGGAAUCAGCACUGGCGCCACCUUCCCCUUCAAUACUGCUGAACACGGGGUGAUUUUGCACUGUGCCAUUGACGCGUUCAUGCCUCACUCUUAUAGCAUUCAACACCGCAUGCUUUUGACUACAUCGACUGGAGCAGUUCAACUCUGGCAACUACACGAUCUUCAAUGGACGCGCGACGAAGCGUUGACUGAUAUCAAAGUGGCCGCGCUCGUAGAUCUCCCGGAGCGUAAGAUUGCGGAAGAGAUUGCGUCAUCCGAGCAUCGAGGGUUCUUGGAAAGGCUGAUUUUUCAUAUCGUUGCUGCCCAGAACCUCCCUCAAUAUAUUGCUCAGUUCUCGAAACGCUUUGCUACAGGGACGUACACUAUCACUCCCGGUUCUUCCUCAUCUCUCGACCGCGACCCAUUCGGAUUCCGUAAAGUGCUCGUCGUAGCUACGGGCUAUGGUACGCUUCUCGGAGUUGACACGGCGCAAGGAAACGUAGUUUGGCGCAAAAUCAUCGGCGUUAGUUCGACCGGCCCAGCAGACGUGAUUCCGUUCAAGAUGUUUGUGACCAAGAGCGCGGUAGAAGGACCCGAUCCAGAAGUCGUACUCGUCGCAGAGAAGAAGUUGCGCGGAAAAAAAACAAAGACCUCGGUGGUGUUCCAUUUCGCGGCGCUCACCGGACGUUGGGUUUCUGGCGGUGCUGCAGGGAUCCAGGUCUCGGAGACCGAGGUUGCGGAGGCGUUCAUUCUUCCUGGACAAUCGAGCACAAUCGGGAUCGUCUCGGCGGACGGAAAGGUGCACGUUUACCCCAAAUCUCAACCUACAGUCGACGGAGCUUCUCAGUUAUACUUUACUCGUGCUAUUGGAUCUGAGUUACGCGGCUUUGCUCUCGAAUCUGACCUAUCUACCCCUGCGAUUGAAACAUGGAAGAAAGCGUUCACGUUGCCGGCCACCUUCCCCAAUACCGCUGCUUCCCGCCUCGAAGUCAUCCACCGCUCACUAUCUCCAAUCGCAUCGUACGGAAAGGUUAUGGGAGACCGGACGACAUUGUACAAGUACCUCAACCCAAACGUCGCGGCCGUCCUCGCUGCGGAUUGUGCCGUGCGAGUCGUCGAUCUCGUUUCCGGAGCGAUUGUUUUUGAUUCGGGCGCUCUCCCUGCACCAUGUAUACCCCCCAAAGUCGCAUUUGUGGAGAACUGGCUGGUUUAUGCUCAUGAGGUGGGUGGGAACUCGACGGACAAGGGGACCAAGGUCGUUUCUGUGGAGUUGUACGAGGGUCUAGGAAAGGACGAUAAAACUAAUAGCGUUGAGUCUUCGAGUUUUUCGGAGAAGAGCGUCAAACUGCAUGCGAUACAACAAUCAUUCCUAUUUCCAUAUCCUAUUGUGGCACUUGGUGCGACCAGUACCAAGUUUGGAAUUUCUACCAAGGGGCUUAUGAUGGCCACGUCCAAAAAUCAAAUUUACCAUCUCCACCGACGUAUUCUUGACCCCCGUCGCCCUCUCCAAAAACCGACGGCUCAAGAUCAGGAAGAGAUGCUCUUCCAGUACGAGCCUGUUCUUCCACCCGACACACGGCGUAUCGUUACGCAUAAAAAUCAAGUCUUGGGGACAAAACACAUCAUUGGGGCUCCGACCCUACUCGAGUCUACGUCCUGCGUUCUCGCAUAUGGUCUCGACCUAUUCCACACCCGAGUCACUCCAUCCGGAACAUUCGAUCUCUUGGGUGCUGGGUUCAACAAGCUACAGCUGUUGUUGACGAUUGUAGGGUUGAGUGUGGCGAUUGUGGUUGUGCGGCCGCUUGUUGCGAGGAAGCAGUUGCAUGCGGUGUGGUAUCAGUGA